AGACUGACCGGAGGAGAGACGACGACAAGCGGACAACUGCAGUCUUUUCAUCGUCUGUCCACAUCCACGUUUCGUUGAGACCGCCGCACUGUUAUUUAACUCGGCCGUUACUGUGUGAUAAGGCCGCCAGAGAUGCCGUCCGACAGACCCUUCAAACAAAGGAGGCCAUUCGCUGACCGGUGCAAAGAGGUCCAGCAGAUCCGUGAGCAGCACCCCAACAAGAUCCCUGUGAUCAUUGAGAGAUAUAAGGGGGAGAAGCAGCUGCCCGUCUUGGACAAGACCAAGUUCCUAGUACCAGACCACGUGAACAUGAGUGAGCUGGUCAAGAUCAUCAGGCGCCGCCUGCAGCUGAACCCCACGCAGGCCUUCUUCCUGCUGGUCAACCAGCACAGCAUGGUGUCAGUGUCCACACCCAUCUCUGAGAUCUACGAGCAGGAGAGGGAUGAGGACGGCUUCCUUUACAUGGUCUACGCCUCACAGGAGACCUUUGGGUGCUAGAAAGGGGGGAGGAGAGGGAGGGAGGGCAGAACAUCUCCGGGUGCUGGAGGGGGAGGAGCCUAAAGGAAAGAACCAACUAGGAACCACCAAACGCCACCACCAUCCUCUCCACUUUACUUUCGUAGGCCUACAGAGCAGCACCCACAGUUAGUCGGUUGGUCAGUCAGUGUAACACUAACUACAACCACCAGAGGGCACCCUUGUUGUCUUUCUUGCUCAGAAUCAUAACUAAGAUGAUUCUGAGCGUCCAUUGUUCUCUUGUGUCCUUUAGUUCUCAGCGAGUUCUUAUGUUUAGAAAACAAACUAACGAGUUUGGGUUUCUUUACCCCCCCAGUGUAUAAAUAAGUGUUGGCUGAGCCAAUACGGAACCUGGGCAGUCACAUUCAGGCCCGUCAGAUUUGAUGAGGUAUUUUGCAGUCAAUGUGUGUUGCGCUCAUAAUUCACUAUCAGUCUGUAUCAUCAUCGCCAUUAUUACAAUAGUAAAGGCACUGCUGCUCAUAGUUUGGCUAGUAAGCAACAGGGUGCAAUAUUUAUCAGCGGUUUAUUUAAACCAAACUGCAUUUAGUUAUUUCCACAUCUAAGAUCUGAACCACAAUUUGGCUACAAAAAUUCUCUGUAGCUUCUAAAACAGAAUUUAAAUUAGCAUUAGCUACCAACUUUCAGGCAGGUUCACAUCAACAUUCACCUUUCACACUGAAGUCUGGCUUUCUGCCUCGCAAACACAAGCCACCUGUAUCACCUGAAAGCAAGAGGGUUUUUUUUUUUUUUUUGCAUAUAUUCCCACAAUGCUUUACUGCUAUUCCAAUGAUGUUUGAUUGCAAAUGAAAGCUGCCAAACGCAGUGGGUUCUGCACAUCACAUCAGCUUAAAACUUUCCACCGAUUCAUCCUCAACUAGAAACUGAGCAAAUUUUUAAAAGUUUCAAAUGCAACAACUAAUGUUGAAUUAAUGAAUCUGGUUGAAAACUAUGUUGGACAGUUUAAGGACAACAUGAAGACAUACUUAGCACUGUGAAUCAUAUGGAACACCAUCUGCACUGCAUUUACACUGACCCACAGCAGCCUGGGAUUAGCAUUAGCCAUGCAAGUUUAGCAUCUUUAACAGUUUUGUUACACAGCACUCUGCCUGUGUCAGUGGAGCGUCGUGGGAAUAAACGUAUUUGCUUUUUUAAGGUUUUGUUUGGUGUUCCAUCUCAUUCUGCAGUCUUCCUAAACAAACUCCAGCCACAUCACCCACCCACCCAUUCACGGUUCAAACAACCAAUCAGGUGCAGUAGAUUAAAGGGCCUAUCUGGUAGGUUUCAGACAGCCAUACGCAGAAAUGCGGCAUUAACAGCCACGGAUAUAGAUCUAGAUUUGCUUCACGUUCUUUGAUUUGUCAGGAAGUUGUUGUGAUUAAUGCGGCUUUGCUCUGGAAAUUUAAAGUUAAACCAGUUGUCAGUACAGCGGGUUAAGAACAGCCGCAGGAGGGCGUCCUCUCCACAUAAUGAUCAGAUGACAUUUCAUUUGGUCAGCAGGUUUUACGGAGCAGUAAAUUGCUGUUUAAAAAUCAGCCCGCUUUCUGAUAGUAUGUCAUUUAUUCCAGCUGACGUCUUAACGUCGUAAGAGCAAAGUCUCUUGAUCCCAGCGUGAUAGAGCUUGUAAAGAUUGCAGCGUGUCACAGUAGCAUAGAUAUAAAAUUUGUCAAAAGAGUGAGCUUUGUUUGCACAUAAAUUAAUAUAAGGAGUUGGCAUUGAUUUUAUUUUAUUUUUUUUGUAACCUGCUCUGCAGAAGUAUGAUCAGCCAUCUCCGACUUUACAGACAGAAAAGCUUGUGAUGUACUACAAACUCUGCAUGUUUUUUUAAUGUGUUGAUUUUACAUAUUGUUUUACUUAGAUGUUUUCCAAACCAAAAACUGAAAAUGAGUAUGUGUCUCUUUGAUCAUGUAAUCACUGUAUUAUAGCCUUUGUUUUCCUUUAGGCUUUGUCGUUAUUUGGAGGGGUGUAUAUAGAAGCGUUGCUAUGACAUUAUUCAAAGCAUUUGCCAAUAAAAGUUAAAAGUUGCCUUUAAAAAAAAAA